UUUGUUGAAGGAUAGAUAAGGAGUGGAGAUAGGAGUAGAAUUUCUGUUUUAUUUGUAGGGUUGGUUUGACUUUGAGUUGAUCGAUUCGAUUUGAUUCAAUGGCAUUUCCAGCUAAGAAGCUCAUCAACCAUCCCAACGAUGUUGUUACUGAGUUCAUUGAAGGUCUCGUCGAGACUUAUCCUGCUCUAAACUAUUUAGACGGCUUUCCUCAGGUGAAGGUUGUGUUACGUGCCGAUGUUUCAUGUACAACCUAUGAUAAAGUUGCAAUCAUAUCAGGGGGAGGAAGUGGCCAUGAGCCUGCUCAAGCUGGAUAUGUGGGAGAAGGUAUGCUGACGGCAGCCAUCUUGGGGGAUGUCUUUACCUCUCCGCCAGUUGAUUCAAUUUUAGCUGGGAUACGAGCUGUAACUGGUCCUAUGGGAUGUCUUCUGAUUGUUACGAACUAUACCGGUGAUCGUUUGAACUUUGGUUUGGCUGCUGAGCAAGCAAAAUCUGAAGGUUAUAAAGUAGAGACUGUAAUUGUUGGGGAUGAUUGUGCCUUACCUCCACCUCGAGGAAUUGCCGGAAGAAGAGGUUUGGCAGGCACUAUUCUUGUUCAUAAGGUUGCAGGAGCUGCUGCUGCUGCUGGUCUUUCUCUCAUUGAUGUUGCUGCAGAAGCAAAACGUGCAUCUGAAAUGGUGGGGACGAUGGGUGUUGCAUUAUCCAUUUGCACACUUCCUGGUCAGGUUACAUCGGAUCGUUUGGGCCCAACAAAGAUGGAAUUGGGUCUUGGCAUUCAUGGAGAACCUGGUGCAGUUGUGGCAGAUCUUCAGCCCGUAGACAUAGUGGUUUCUCAUGUUCUUAAGCAAAUAUUAUCUCCGGAAACAAACUAUGUUCCAAUAACACGAGGUUGUAGAGUGGUCCUCAUGGUCAAUGGGUUAGGCGGCACCCCUGUAAUGGAACUAAUGAUUGUAGCAGGAAAAGCAGUCCCAAAAUUGCAGCUGGAGCAUGGACUUGCUGUUGAUAGGGUUUAUACAGGGUCAUUUAUUACUUCUCUUGACAUGGCAGGUUUCUCAAUUUCUAUCAUGAAGGCUGAUGCAUCUAUUCUUCAACGAUUAGAUGCUGCAACUAAAGCUCCUUAUUGGCCUGUUGCUGUAGAUGGUAAUCACCCACCUGCUAAGAUUCCUGUUCCAGUUCCACCAUCUCAGUCAGCAAAGAGAGAAGAGCCGCGGAGUCGGUCACUUCAACUAAAUGAGCAAGGCCAAGUUUUUAAGGAAGCCAUAGAAGCUGCCACAAAUGCAAUUAUAAAUCUUAAGGACAAUCUAAAUGAAUGGGAUAGCAAAGUUGGUGAUGGUGACUGCGGGUCAACUAUGUGUAGAGGUGCAAAAGCAAUUCUCGAGGACAUAAAAAAUUAUCCUCUGAAUGAUGCUGCAGAGACUGUUUGUGAAAUUGGAUCGUCAAUUGGACGAUCUAUGGGAGGAACAAGUGGGAUAAUAUAUACAAUUUUUUGUAAGGCAGCAUAUACACAGCUGAAAAAAAUCUCCCACUCUGGUGUCACACCGAAACAAUUUGGGAAUUAA